AUGGGUUGGUUUGAACAAUACUUAUCUCAAGCUGGGAAUGAAGUUUUGAUCAAAGCAGUAGCUAUGGCUAUGCCUAAUUAUGCUAUGUCUUGUUUUAAGUUACCCAUUAAUUUAUGCAAGGAGAUUGAAAGGGAGAUCAUUAAUUAUUGGUGGAAGGGGCACAAGGAGCAUAAGGGUAUCCACUGGGUUGGAUGGCAACGUCUCUGUAUGAUGAAAGAAGCAGGGGUUAUGGGUUUUCAAGAUCUUAGAUGCUUCAACCUAGCCAUGCUUGCAAAAAUUGGCUAG